AAUUUCCACCUUACACCUGUCUCUCUCUCCAAUCUCACCCGUUCCUUCUGGGUUCAUACGUUACUCUUUCGUUUUUCUUUCUUAUUUUAUUUUAUUUUAAAAGGGAAAUUGGGUCAAUUUUCAAAUCCCUAUUUCUACCUUAAUUAGGGUUUACUAAGUCAAUUCUAUCUCUAAUUUAUUUAAAAAAAAUUUAACUUUAAGCAAAUUAAUUCAAUUUUAUCUAUUGGGUUGUUUUUUCUUUUUUAGGGUUUCUUAAAAAUAAAGUUUUGGUUUUUUUUUUUUGAGGUUGGGUAUUUUUGAUCAAUUAGAUUUUUCAGAGAUAGAAGAAUAAAGGGAUUAUUUGAAUUUUGUUUCUAUGGAACAGUCUAAAUUCGCUGCAGAAUCUCAUAGCAAAGAGGAUCAUUCUUUGAAGCACACCCCAAAAACUGAAAAAACUGUUGAGUGUUCUGGCAGUCCUCGAAGUAGAAAUGUUUCAGCUAGAUGGGAUCCAACUGAAGCAUGCAAACCUAUUAUUGAUGAAGCUCCUGUUUUUUAUCCAACUGUUGAGGAGUUUAAAGAUACACUUGGAUACAUAGCAAAGAUACGCACAAAAGCAGAAUCUUAUGGUAUAUGUCGAAUUGUUCCCCCAUCUAACUGGAUUCCACCAUGCCCUCUUAAAGCAAAAGAUAUGUGGCAAAGUGCCAAGUUUUCUACCCGAAUUCAGCAAGUUGACUUGCUGCAAAAUAGGGAGCCCAUGCGGAAGAAAACCAGGGGCCGAAAGCGAAAGCGGAGAAGACAAUCAAGAAUGGGAUCAUCCAGGAGAAAUAGCAAUUCUGGUUCAGAAGCCAAUGUUGCCUCUGAGACUGAUGAGAAGUUUGGUUUCCAUUCAGGAUCAGAUUUUACUCUUGAGGAUUUUCAGAAAUAUGCUGACAAUUUUAAAGCGUGUUAUUUUGGUACAAAGGAGUCUGAGGAAUCAAAGUCUGAUGGGUUUGAACACAGGAGAUGGGAACCCUCAGUAGAGGAUAUUGAAGGGGAAUACUGGCGGAUAGUCGAGCAACCGACAGAUGAGGUUGAGGUGUACUAUGGGGCUGACCUGGAAACAGGACCUUUUGGAAGCGGUUUUCCUAAGGCAUCAACCAUGGUAGCUGAAAGUGAUUCCAAUCAGUAUGCAAUGUCAGGUUGGAAUUUGAAUAACUUACCACGCCUGCCUGGUUCUGUACUAUGUUUUGAAGGAAGUGAUAUCUCAGGAGUUCUAGUGCCAUGGCUCUAUGUUGGGAUGUGUUUCUCGUCAUUUUGUUGGCAUGUUGAGGACCACCACCUAUAUUCACUGAACUACUUACACUGGGGUGAUCCAAAAAUAUGGUAUGGAGUACCUGGAAGCCAUGCUUCCACCUUGGAGAAUGCAAUGCGAAAGCAUCUACCUGACUUGUUUGAAGAACAACCUGACUUAUUGCAUGAACUGGUCACUCAGUUAUCUCCAUCAGUUCUGAAGGCAGAGGGUGUACCAGUGUAUCGUGCUGUUCAGCAUUCUGGCGAAUUUGUUUUAACAUUUCCAAGGGCAUACCAUUCUGGAUUCAAUUGUGGCUUUAAUUGUGCUGAAGCUGUGAAUGUGGCCCCUGUUGAUUGGUUGGCACAUGGGCAACAAGCGGUGGAGCUCUACAGUGAGCAGUAUCGCAAGACAUCUCUGUCCCAUGACAAGUUGCUGUUUGGAGCAGCUCGGGCUUCAGUCCAGGCCCUUUGGGAGCUAUCAGUGCUUCAAAAGGAGAUACCUGGAAAUUUGAGGUGGAAAAGCUUCUGUGGGAAGGAUGGAAUGCUUACCAAGGCAAUUAAGAAAAGGGUGCAGAUGAAGAAAGAAAGACUAGAGCAGCUCCCAACUUGUCUGAAAUUGCAAAAGAUGGAAAAAGACUUUGAUGUGAAAACUGAGAGAGAAUGUUUCUCAUGCUUCUAUGAUUUACACCUAUCUGCUGCUGGCUGCAAGUGCUCUCCUGACCGAUUUGCAUGCCUUAAACAUGCAAAAACUUUUUGUUCAUGUGAAAUAGACCAUAGAUUUGUCCUUCUCCGAUACACUGUGGAUGAAUUAAACACUCUAGUUGAGGCAUUGGAAGGAGGAUUAGAUGCUUUAAGAAAAUGGGCAUCUGUAGAUGUCGGAUUGGUUCUUUGUAGUGACACUGAUGGUUGUCUAGCAAAGGGGGAUCUGGAGAGUAAACCAUUUCCAAUGCAGUGUUGUGAACAAAAGGAAAAGGAAAGUUCAUCUUCUUCCCCUAGAACAGACGAAAUUGUGGAUGUUAAUGAUCGUUGCUGUUCUCAGAGUCAUGUUUCAUCAGAAGUAGUCCAGUCAGACUGUCAGCGAGGAAUGUAUGGUUUAAGUGCAUCUCAUACGAGUAUAAAUAGUCAUAAUGAUGUUAACGAUGAAACUCAGGUUAUGAACAAAAAAGCUAAGGUCGAGCAUGAGAGUUGUUUUGAUUUAAAUAUUGAUGUUAUCUCUGAUGAAAAUGAAAGCAAGUUGCUGCAUGUAUCUGGCAGCUGUGGUAAAGAAGCUGUCACAAAUCUGAAGACUCUUAUGCCAUUGUGCAAUCCAGAGAAAGUCUGUAGCUUAGGUGCAGUGAAAGAGCCAGAUACAAUGCAACUUGAUAGUGACGGUAAUAUAUCAGGUUCUCAUGAAUUUCCUAACAAGGUUCAACCUUCAUGUUCAACGGUGUUUGAGGAUGCUGGUUCAUUUGAUGGUAAAUUAUUUGGGGUUGAUCUUAUGUUGCCACAACAUUCAAAAGCAGCAUCAGACAACUUGUUGAAAAAUGAAAUCAUCAGCAGUUCUGUGACGGAUGAGAGCUAUCAAAUGAAAAAGUUGAAUCUCUCUGUUGAGCCAAUAAAUUUUGGGUGUGUCAUGUGUGGAAAAUUAUGGAGCAGUAAACAGACCAUUUUCCCAAAAGGAUUUAGAAGCCGUGUUAAUUUUUAUAGCGUGCUAAAUCCAGGAAAAAUUUGUAGCUAUAUUUCUGAAGUGGUGGACGCAGGCCUUCUUGGUCCGCUCUUUAAGGUUACAUUAGAAGAAUUCCCAAGUGAAAGCUUUGCAAAUUUCUCAGCACAAAAGUGCUGGGAUAUGGUGCUGCAGCAAUUAAACCAAGAAGUUAAAAACUGGAGCAGCUUAGGGGAAAGAAGACUGCCCCCUCGGCAGUCUUUGCGGCACAUUGAUGGGCUUGAAAUGUUUGGGUUUCUUUCGCCACCCAUUAUUCAGGCUAUUGAGGCUCUUGAUCCAGAUCACCAAUGCGUGGAAUAUUGGGACAACAAACCGAAGACUUCCUGCAAUACUAGUGAAGUCAAGAAUAACUCAUUUGAAACUGGUAGCUCUCCUGGAGAAACCAAGACAAAAAUUUUCGGCAUUGCUCUGAAAGAGGAAGAUCAGAACAGUCCAUCUAUAGGAGGCCAUAAUCCGGUUGACGAAGAGGUACAGCUCGUGCUACAAGGACUUUUCAGAAAGGCAACUCCCAAAGAGUUAAAAGUAAUGCACAGAAUACUCUGCAGCGAGGCACAAGGUGCCGAAUGGAGAGUAGCGUUCACAGCAUUGAUCGAGGAGAUCCAUAAACAAUGUAGAUAAAAUAAAAAACGAAAAGAAAUAGGUGCCAUCAUUCUUUCCCAUUCAACAUAGCUUCUUAUUCAAUUUGUUAGGCCCCAAUUCUUUUAAGAAUCCAUAAGGAACUAACAGAGCUCCCGGGCGUGAGUCGUGCCCUCUAUUUGUAGUGUGCCAAAGCUGUUAACUGAUCACACAUAAGGUCCCUUUGUUCACUGAAAAUUCUUACUAACCCUGAUGAAAUAUAUGUCCAUUUUAGUUCUUCAGGAAGUUCUGAUUAGCCCUCCAUUUCUACUUUUGCUUUCAUUUGUGUACAUUUAGAUGCAAUUUUUGUCAAAAUUUCCAGUGAUUGCAUUUACAGGAUUCAUGGAGUUUUUUGAGGUGAUGUGGAAUUUUUUUUUG